AUGAGGCCGAGCCCAUGGAGGACGCCGACACCGUACAUCUUCCUGGGCAUUACCAUCAUAAUGGGCGUCAUCGCGGUGGCGCUGCUCGUGCUCAUCUGCACGCGCAAGAAGGCGUCAUCGUCUUCCUCGCGGCAGGAGGCCGACGAGAAGGCGGCGCGAGCGCUCGCGCCGCUGGACCGGGAGCCAAAGGUCGUCGUCUUCAUGCCCGGCGACCACGCGCCGUCCUUCCUCGCCAGCGCCAAGCCGCUCCACGGUGACGGCGCGGCGGCAGUGUAG